AUGAUACCCCACGAGGCACUGGCGAGCAGGAAUGAGAACUGGAUCGCUUUCAAAACCGACCCAGCAGCCAUACCCGCCGAUGGCGCAGAGCUGCACGCCUUCAUGUCCGAUCCCCUCCCACCUUUUCAGCCGUUGAGCAGAAAGCAGUUGAGGAAUGCUCUAACAGCGGGGCCUUGUCCUCCCCCUGCCCAGGUGUGUGGCGCCUACCUGUCCACCGACUGGGAGGAGCGCAGGCGCGGAGGGGGCAAGCUGAGCUUCUUCGGCACCGGGGAGUGCUUCGUCUUCAGGCUGAAGCCAGAGAUGGAGAGGUACGAGUGGGUCGUGAUCCGUCACCCCGAGCUUGCAGCUGCCGCCCCACCCCAAAAUCCGGAGACCCCAGAGGACCCCAACACCCUCCCCGCCAAAGAAGGGAACUCUGAUCCCACCGACCGCCUCUCCCCCUUCCUCUCUGCACGCCACUUCAACCUCAACACCAGAAACACCUCCAUGUUCAUGGCUGGCAGUCAGGAGUCGAUAAUCAUUGGGGGGGGCGACGGCAACGCUCUCUACAUCGACGCCGACCUGAACCACGGGCGCACGGCCCGGUGCCACACCUUCGACAACCAGCCCCUGUGCGCGGAGGCCUUCCAGAUCGCCCUGUUGGAGGUCUGGGGCUUCCAGGACGCCAUGGCCUCCUAGCAAGACAGCAGGAGAGAGAGGGAGGCCCAGUACUCGCAGGCCAGGAACCAGCCCCACGACCUCAUAUCAAGGCCUGGACUGCAGUCUUCCAACCCGGGAUACCUGGGAAUUCAGGGUUUGUUAGGGCCCUCUGUUUACCGGUCACACUGUGCUCUCCUGUAUCCGGAGAGCAGUGUGUGGCAGUAGAUUUGAGAAGGUUGAUAAAUUCAGACACAGCACUACUGUUCUGAGACCUCUGAAGCAGAGCCCCAGAACUGCAGCGCAUCGAUAUCUUUGUCGGAGUCGUGCUCAGUGAUUGUUAACAUUUCAUUUGUGUUCGCGUUCGCCUCCGCUGUGUCUCAAGUUCACAGGAUGCCGAAUGGGCAGGCCCAAGGAGACUCCAGGUUUUAUCGGGCAUGCCUGUUCUUCAUUCCUGGUGAUUCUUCAGCUCAUGGGCGAGGCCCAAACAUUAGCACUUCUUACUAUGAAAAACAAAACCAUAAUCACUUGCCAUCGACAGAACACUCAGGGCUCAUGAACCACAUGGGCAGAAGUGAAUUGCAUACAGUGCAUAUCGUACCUGUUUUAAGAAGAAAGUUUAAUUUCAAUGACCAGCAGUUUUGUAACAGGACUUUAAGAUAAAAGUCAGUACAUAGUAUGCAAGGUUUCUGCUCUGGGUCAUUAUAUUAUUUUAUUUUAUUUCAAGCAUUAUCCUUUUUUUCUUUUGCUAUUGCCCUACAUAUCAGAUAUUGGGGCACCCUGUCAACACCCAACUCGAAAUCCUGCUGCGCACGGAUUUUUCUGAUUUAUUUUGUUUUGUGUAGUGCACUACUUUAUAACGCACGCCACAGCACGGUCAACUAGGAUUAAUGUCGCAUUAAGCGACCUGACAGAUUGUUGCACAUGAGGAGCUGGAGUGUGCUGGGCUGUAUUGGGCUUCUGAAGCAAAAUGUAUUGUGAAGCAGCACAUGAAAACUCUUAAAGCACAGGUUUCUGCAGCCACCUGCUGUCCUGCUCAACCAGUGUAAAUUUGUAUUAAAGGAAGAGAAGAGGGCUGAAAUGAGAUUAUUUUUAUCGUAGUUAGUUUUUGGAGUUGUAGGUUUUUCUUUCAUAAAUAUUCUCCAGGGUGAUAUGAUAAAUUUACAGUACAAGAUCUUUCUAAUUGACUCUGUUGGAUCCCGCUGUCUAGAUACAUGUAACUCUGUAGGCAAAUUUGAGUAUCAGUAUCAUCUCUGUUAAUCCCAAUUUGAAGCAGGCUGUUGGCUGCUGAUUUGCAGUGCACGUUCCCUUCGUGAUCCCAAACUGUUAUGAUUCAAUUGCAGCGGUGUGGUAAUAUCUGGAUCGCUAUACCACAACACUUAGAUGCUUAAUGUGCAAUCUGAAACCGUUUACUGCUCUUCUGCGUUCUUUUCUUCCUGUUCCGGCAGAGACGUUUUUGAAAGCCUGCAAAUGCAGACAUGGCUGAACUCUGACCAGCACAAAUUCCUCACACCACGUACUGUAUGGAUCAGCUGCUCUUAGAGCUUGUCUCAUAGUAAAACACUCUUUAUAAGGGUCUUUUCGUCUCAUCCAGAGGCUUAUUUAAAACACAGCACACUAUCUCUUCUUGAAAUUGCACUGCUGCAAGUUCAGUAUAGUGUAUGGAGUGCCCAUGCAGACUGUGCUGAGGUUAGGUAGUGACGCAGCCUGGUGUCUGUCUACAGACGAGUCAGCCUUUGUCUGAUGUAGCCUCUCUUAUUUCCUAUGCCUAGAUCAGAUAUCAGAUCAUCUCUACAUUUGUUGUUUUUUUUUUAAUCUUGAAGGUUAUCUUCUCGAUUCUCUUUCUUUUGACAUAUCGAAGCUUUCUGCAUUUAUUUUUUUUCUGAUUUAAGUAUGACCUGUUACCCCUAGUUUCUCCUAACUUUUCAAAGUGACUUCUUCAUGUUACGUUAUUCAUCUAAGAGAGCUUCAAAGGAAUACAGCCAAGAGCUUGGCCAUUACCGGUUCCGUAGACAUGGGCGUAUACAGUGAGGAUAUUUGCAAAGGCAAAUUUGCGACAAUUUAAAAGUUAACUUGGAGAUCGAGUUCUGAAGAGCCUGGUGAUUGGUCCAGGUGGUCGUAAUUGGAUAGGAUUGUUAUCUCAUAUUAAUGUUGUCAAGUUCCAGCACUUUGAAAAAUAAUGCCAUGUUUUGUUUUUUUUUUUAGUUGCAAUAAUUCUGUGGAGAGGGCCAGGUUAGUGAAAAAGUGAAGUGUGAAAAUUUGAGUCUCUUUGCGGAAGAGGUUGGAGGGGAGGGGACCUCGGUCUCUCUCUCACUCUGCUGUUGUUUUGUGAAUGAUUGUUGGUGUUUAUAGUAAGCAAGAGAAAUGGGGAACACAACACAAGGAAAAGGUGAAAAAAAUAGUAUUGAAUUGCACAAUUCCUGGGCGCAUUUCUUCACUGUAAACCCUGACUGAGUCUGUCGAAAGGCAGAGUAGCAGGGCAGCUGACACAAUGGGCACGCUUUUGAAACAAGGCUUAGAUUCUGGUAAAACAUACAGUAGUCGAAGCACUACAGUGCCUGGUUGUUGUUUCCCAGUAAGCGUUUUUUCCCUGAAUUUUGGCACUUAAAUUUCAGUUUUUGCAGUGCUGUCUUGAUUGCAGUGCUGUGGUGAAGCAUCCAAAAAUGGUUCUGUUCUUUGGCCAUACAAACCAUGUACUGAGGGAGAAAAUUAGGUGUGCUACUGGCCUUUCACUUCCUGAAUGGCAGUGAAGUCGGGGGCUGACUUGUAUUGAAUGAAAAAGCAUGGCCGACUUUAAGUGAUACUGCUGUCUUUAAGUGAUACUUUCAAAGUAAAGGAAUGCAUAGCAGUCAGUAGCAUCCUUGUGUAAAAGUGCUUAUCCAGUAUAGCCAAAAUUUCCUUGCAUUUGUUUAAUUUGGUGCUCAAUAAAACAUUUAAACCUGGAAGAACAGGUCUCCUAUCAGUAUUGUUGUGAAACCAUAUCUGUUUUAGUGCAUUACAAAGUCCAAUAACAUGUCUUCUUGUUUUUUUAUUAAGAGUUCAAUGCAUUGUGUUGUUGUAUCCUGAGUAGUUUUUGUGAAAUGUCUAUACCAGCAGAAGGAAUACCAUUCUGGUUCCUCCCAGCAGACGGGGUUACUGUGUGAUGUUCACUUUGUUGAAAAGUAAUCUUUUCAUUAUUUUUACAUCCGAGAUGUUCAGUGUUUGAAAGUAAAAUCUUUAUAUGUUGAAGUGUUAAUUCAUGAAUAAAGCAGUGUUAAGUGUC